AUGGGUUUGAAGGUCUACAUUAUGCAGAAAAGGGAUGUAAAGGCAAUGAGUGCUUUGCCCUUGUACAUAAGUGUUUCAGAAAAGAAGAGUUUCAAUGAAUUCAUUAGUUCAUUAAUAUGUAACACUGCGAGUAUGAAUCUAUCUAUCACUGCAUGUAACGUUGUGAAUACAAGUACUGAAAGAGCAUUGAUAGUUACUAAUUCAGAUGAAUGUUUGGAUGUAUUGGAUAUUGAUGCAACUAAAGUAAUUAUCUCGGACCCACAUCACAAACAUAUUGAGGUUGAACAAGUUUAUAUCUCGAAAAGGGUGUUAAAAUCUGUGAUGAAGAAUUACACGAUUCGAGAGAAGUUUCAAUCACGAUCUGUUAGAUCAAGUAAAACCUGUUACACAUUAAUAUGCAAAUCACAUAAUUGUGAUUUUUUAUUCCGUGCAUCUGAUAUCAACAAAUCAGGAAUGUUUUAUGUUAGAGAAUUCUUAUCCGAACACACAUGUCCGAUAAAGGAUAAGAUUUAUCCUAAGUUUCAUGCUACUAGUAAGUUGAUUGGAGGUAUGGUGAAACAAAAGUUUAAAAACCACAAAAGAACGUACAGUGCGACUGAAAUCAGAAGUGACAUGAAGGAAGACCUUGGUAUGAAUUUGACGUAUAUUAUGUGUUGGCGAGUUAAGGAACAAGCACUUGAAGAUUUGAGAGGAAAACCUUUUGCAUCAUACGGAAAACUACCUGCAUACAUUCAUGUUUUAAACACUACUUAUCCAAGUUCACAUAUACGAAUGAAAAAGCAUAAAGAUAAUGAGUUUUUGUAUAUUUUUGUCGCACUAACUAUAUUCAUACAAGGGUUCGAUCACUGUAGACCUAUGAUAGUUGUUGAUACAAGUUAUCUUAGAGGACUAUACAGUGGCACAUUUGUAGCUGCAUGUACCAUGGAUGGAGCCGGCCAUAUAUUUUCAUUGGCAUAUGAAAUAGUAGAUUCUGAAAAUGAUGCAUCCUGGACAUGGUUCUUUCAGAAUCUAAAGGAAGCAUAUGGUGAAAGAGAACAUAUGUGUGUAGUUUCCGAUCGUAACCCAAGCAUUAUAAAAGUUGUUGCUGGAGUGUACAAUAAUGUACCACAUUACGCUUGUAUGUGGCAUCUAUGGGGUAACGUGAAAAAAAUUAGGAAAUCAUGA